AUGAUACUUACCUUCAGUCUUGAGGAGGUCCACUUGCUACUCCAAUUGCUACACCAAUUUGGUGACAGCUGUCUGUUUCAAAUUAUAAGGCGGUUAGAGGUAGCUGUGUCUUCAGAGACAGCUGUGUCUCCUGAGCCAGAAUCAUACUCCAUACAAGUACCUCAAAAUGAACCUAACAAUGACAUUGAGGAGAACAUGUCAAACCCAUCUGUGAUGGCUACCUCAUUGGAGGACAAUGGUGCUUGCUCAGGGAGGGCACCUGUAAAAGUUGUUACAAGAAAGAAGCCCUGGAUGGACUCCAAUACUCAAACCUCCUCCUUGCUGGCUUUAUUGGCUAGCGGGAAUGCAGAUAACAGUUUGGAAGAAUGGUUAAACUCAAAUGUUUCACUCCCUACCAGACCAGAUGGCACCAUACUAGACAAGCUAGCCACUAUUGUACAGCGUUGUCAAGUGAAGCAUGCUCAAGCACUUGAUGUAGGUUUUCAUGUCAUGAUUAACCUAAUGGAAUUGGCUUUUGCUUGUGAAAGCAUAACUAUCAAGACUAAGCAAAGCCUCACCACAAUCUGGAAGAAUCUACAGACUGGCAACAACAACAAACCUCCUCUAGGCACAUUUCAACAUUGGGUGAUCAAUGGCAUUGCCAAUAUACUUCGAGCUCCUGAUAUAGAUGAUCAAUCGGGGGCAAUUGUCAUCAGACAGCUAGUUCCCAAGAUAGCCUAUCUCAGACAAAAGCUGGCCUUCAAGUUCCAAUCUUUGUUCAGUGAUAGUGUGAUAAAAUGUUUGCCAGUGUCAAUUAAAAGCUUUUGCAUAUUUGCCAAGAGACAAGCAAAUAUGGCAAUCUUGUUAUCAGCAUAUCCCUUCACUGCCACAGCAGAACAAUCUGGUUCUGCCUCCUAUGCAUAUAACAUCAAGGUGCCUGCAAUUUGUCUUGGAUCCAACAACUACAGGUGGACCCAAACUGAGCGCAUUCUUGCAAAAGAUGCCUCUAAAGCUACUAAUUUGCAUGAUCUGGAUAAAAAGCUACACCAGCAUUUCAUUGAUGGAAGAAAAGAUCCCAAUACACCCUACCUUGAGAUGUCACCUUCAUGCACAUCUGAAGGGCCAGUGAGACUGGAAAACAAAAAUGGAGAACUUAUUGCCUUUAUAUCAUCUUCAAUGCCAGACAAUCUUCAACACAAGCUACUUGAUUGCUUGAAGGCAGUUUUGCCUAGCGCAAAUGCCUUGACACAUACAGACUCAGUGUCGCAUGAUGGCAGAAGAACAAAUUAUGCGCAAUUCAUGCCAUAUCAAUCAGCCAACUGCAGUAAUCAUGAGGAGUUAUACAACAAUCUCAAAGAUGUCUUCAAAGACAUUUUCACAUGGAUUGAUGAAAUGCUUAGGCAUUAUCUACCCAAGGAAUAUGAAAUUCUCAGUAUCGACACAGAGUGUUUGCCAUUUGGUGAUCACUCUGUCUUUCAUCCUUUCCUCAGCCUUGUCCUCAACAUCAAUGUUGUGACAACAGAGAUUGUGCCGCAUGUUGGCGCCGCUGACAGCUGCGCACCUUGCUUGAGCUACCGCUGGACACCGCCUAUCACAUGCUCCCCUCCUUCACAUGCCAUUUUGAACGCCGGUGCCGACAAGGAAGGCUGGAGAUGUGAUCCAUCUUACCUAGUCAAUCACCUCAAGCAUGCCCGGUCGCUCUCUCCAACUGCCUCACCCAACAGUCGCGCCAUCCGACGUCGACUACAACAAGAGCUUCAAAAGCUUCGACCAUACAUUGUAGCUGAUGAUCUUGGCGACAGUCCAAGCCCUGACAAUCAAGUGGACAACAAUGCCAAUGAUCUGGGUGACGCGGAUGACAACAACAACACACACAAUGAUGAUGCCAACAACGCCAACGCUAUCAUCAACGGUGAGGCCAACAACAACAUAACUGCGGUCAUCAACACUAGCCAUAGUCGAACUGUCCAAUCAAGAUGUAUCAAGAUAUUCAAAGCCAUUGGACAGGCGCCUGUCGCUGCGAGGGAAUUUUGUGAGAUUGUGUCUACACUUCCAGCAGGAACCUAUGUCUUUGUCGAAGAUGCAGCCUUCAUGGUCCUUUGUCGUGGCUAUGAACCAGUGAAUGCGGAAAACAUUGAUUGCUGGAGAGCGGCGCUUGAUCCCCUUACCGCCUCUUUGCCUGCUGGACGAGACAUACGCGCCAUGGCCAUACAUGCAGCGCGUCUUACAAGCAUUGAGGCUCGUCUUCAUGAGCGUCACCAAGCAGGUGUUGCAGGACCUUGCUGA